AUGUUAUCAAAAUCAUCACGCCUAUGGACAUCUUAUCGAUCGUUAUAUCCAGCAAUAAUUAACUUAUCUUCUCGUCGUUCAUUACAGGCAACAAAAGUUUCAAUUCCUUCAAAAAAAUUAACAAAAAGUUAUUAUUAUCAUGCAUCUGAAGUUCCAUUACUCUAUCAUACAAUUGGUCAACAUUUGGAUAGUUUAGCUUUUGAAUAUCCAGAUCAUCAAUGCUAUAUAUUUAAAGGCGAAGGAAAUAAACGUUAUACAUAUAAAUCAUUUCUUGAUGAAGUUGAUAGUUUAGCUGCAAGUCUUAUUGAACUUGGUUAUGAAAAAAAUGAUCGACUCGGUGUUUGGUUACCGAACACAUCUGAAAAUUGUGCACUUACAUAUGCAGCAUCAAAAGUUGGCAUAAUUAAGGUUAAUAUAAAUCCAGCUUAUAUGGAUCGUGAGUUAGCAUAUUGUUUAAAUAAAGUUGGUUGUAAAGGUUUAGUUAUGAGACCUAAUGUUAAAGUAAUUGAUUGCAUUAAAAUAAUAAAUAAAUUAAUUCCUGAACUUAGUCAAUCGAAAGGUGAAAUAAAUUCUAAAGCUGUACCAACAUUAAAACAUAUUAUAUUAGUACCUGAAGAUAAUAGUAAACCAUUUAGUGUACCACAAAGUAUGCACUCAUAUACUGACUUAAUACGUAAGGGUGCAAACAGAAAACAAGACGAACGACGCAUACGUCAAUCACAAUUGGAUGGUGAUACUCCACUUGCUAUUUUUUAUACUUCAGGCACAACAGGAGAACCUAAAGCAGCUACAUUAACAAAUUAUAAUAUGUUAAAUAAUAAUUUUCAACUUUGCUAUUCAUAUCCAGAAUUAAUGAGUCGUGUUUGUUGUCCUAUACCAACAUUUCAUAUAUUUGGUGAAAUAGCUGGUACAUUAAAUAUAAAUGCACCAAAAUAUUGUGUAGCCUUUCCUUCUAUUCUACCUGAUACUGUUGAAACCAUGCGAACUGUUCAUGAAGAAAAGUGUACAGCAUUAGUUGGUGCACCAAUUAUUUUUCGUGAUAUACUUUCUCAUCCAAAAAGAAAAGAAUUCAAUUUGAGUUCUCUUUUAUUUGCUAUUCUCGGCGCAGCUCCUGUAAAUCCUGCGUUAGUUGAACAACUUGAACGUGAAAUUCCAAUAAAAACAAUUUCACAAGGAUAUGGUCAAACAGAAAAUUCAGCUUCAAUGGCAAUGAGUGUAUUUGCUGAAGAUGAUAAAGAACGAAGAUAUACAUCUGUUGGUAAAGCACUACCUCGAAUUGAAAUGAAAAUAGCAGAUUCUAAAGGACAUAUUUUACCUAUUGGUCAAGAAGGUGAAAUUUGUGCUCGAGGUUUUAAUAUUAUGAAAGGUUAUUAUGGCGAUGAUGAAAAGACACGUGAAACUAUUACAUCUUCUGGAUGGUUAAGAACAGGUGAUUUAGGUGUUAUGGAUGAACAAGGUUUUGUUUAUUAUCGAUCACGUCAAAAAGAAAUGGUUAUUGUUGGUGGUAUUAAUGUAUAUCCAGUUGAAGUAGAAAAUUUUCUUUUAGAACAUCCAAAUAUAGCUGAAGCAUACGUAUUUGGUAUCCCUGAUAAAAGAUAUGGUGAAGUACUUUGUGCAUGGAUCAGAAUAAAACCAGGAACCAAAAUCGAUGAUGUUGAAGAAGUGAGACAAUUCUUAUCGUCUAAAGUGGCAUUUUUUAAAGUACCAAAACAUGUUAAAAUUACUGAAUCAUUUCUUCCGUUUUUAACACCAACAGGAAAAAUACAGAAAUUUAAAUUAACAGAAGUAAUGGCCAAACAAAUGUCGUCAUCAUCAGUGUAG